AUGGCGCCGGUACCCAUAGUGAACGAUGAUAACGCCUCUAUAAAGAGUUCCAAAAGUCGACAUCUCAAUGGAGCUUCCGACAGUGAAGCACACUCUCUUGUCAUCGCAUCUCUACGAUCUCAAGUAAACGAUCUCUAUUCCCAGGUCACCCAACUCAACAACAAGCUCGUGAAGUCCUACGAUAGAGUUUCCGACCUUGAAGACGACCUCCAUGUAGCCUCUGCAAACUUACGUUCAUCUUCACUCAGAAUCUCCCAGCUGGAACUGGAACGCACACAACAUUUAUCUGCCCUCAACACCGGUCUUUUAGUCGAAAAGUCCCAGGUCACUGCCGAAUUGACGCGACUCAUGGAAAAGGCUACAGAAGAGGCAGCACAGCGCGGUCAGGCCGAAAGCGCACGCGCAGACAUAGAAAAGGACCUCGAUGAUCUCAGUGCUAGCCUUUUCCACCAGGCCAAUACUAUGGUUGCAGAGGCUCGCUAUCAAAGAUCCCUCAGCGAGCAAAAGGUCAUCACCGCAGAACAGGCAUUAAAGGGUGCAGAAGAGGCCAUUGCUAUCAUGCAACAACAGAUGCAGGAUUUGCAAGCCGAAAAGGAAGCUUCAGAGACAAAGAUGCAGGAAAUGCAGAUCACCAUGGGGAAAGGGAAAUGGUCGGCGAGGCAGAGUACCGGUCAUCCAGCGCCUUCGAUACGUCUGCUUUGCAGUCAUACGCCGUAUCAAGAGUUCCUCUUAUUCGUCGCUCAUCUCCGUUCCGUGCACCCAGCAGCACCCCAACAACCUCCUGCCAUGACCACUCUACUCCCUAUACCAUUCAUCUCGCGACUCAUGACGGAAGAUUCAGAACCCACUUUGCGACUUGACCUCGCCCCAUCUCUCAACUGGCUUUCCCGCCGUUCUGUUCUCGCCGCCAUACAUAGUGGUCAACUCACAAUUGAACCUAUUCCCUCUGCAAUGCUUUUGCAAGAGUCUCAAUCUAGUUCCAGUCCCGGGAACAAUACUGUAUCUUGUGCAUUGUGUGGUGCUCCCAUAUUUCCAUCUCUACAUACCCCUCUUUCUCAAACCCGCAUUAACUUGCCUUUACAAAAUACAAGCACGACCUGGUCAACGUCGCUUUUCAAGCGACAAUUGAACGGAUCAGCCACUAACUCCCCACCUCCUUCACCUGGCCAUCCGCCCCGAUCAGGAAAGAUAGGUACGGAUAAUCUCCCUACACAAGUCCACAUAUUCCGAGUAUCCCCUUCAACGUCAAAUACCAACGCCCUUCCAUCGGUUUCAGUUACUAUUCCUUCACUUCCCAUAGCCCUCUCAUACUCUGUUUCAUCAACUUCAUCGUUACCUCCACAGCCACCACAACAUCCCACCGCCCCACACCACACCAGCACUCCCUCCCAAUCAUCAUCAUCAGCAAUAUACCCCCUCUGUACAUCUGGGUGGUGUCUCCCACGCCUUCGAGCAACGUGUUCUUUAUGGGCAUUUGUCCGUUCUGGGAUCGUGGAGAAGGUGUGGGAAGAAGAAGUGUCUAACGUUCCCUCAGCUGAAACGGCGAGUUCGGGAAUCACCAUAAAGAGCGAGAAAGUAGCUCCUCCCACACCUCCUCCUCGAAGGAGAGGUUUAUGGGGUAUGGCUACUGCUCUUCAAGAACGUGCGGCUAAUUGGAGUGAGGGUGAUAAGGAUAAGGAUAAGAAUAAGAAGGAGAAGGAGAAGGAGAAGAAGGUAGCCGUCCCCCCACCUACUCCUCCAAAGCAGCCUCAAACUACAGAGAAGAGAUUACCCGCGGCGGUGCCAGCUACCCCACCUCCUGUGCACCCUGUAAUUUCAAGCCUCAACGUCAACAACGCGUCUUCAAUUUCCACACCCGGGUCAUUGUCGUCUAGCCCGACAACGACAACUGCUGCCGCACCACCACCGUUACCCAAGCGGAACGAAGGGAGAGCCAGAGGGAAUCGACAGAGCCUCGUUAUGGACAAACCUUCGGAGGAGAGUGAGCCAACGGUGCUUUUUGCAGUUCCUCAUUCUCCUACUGCUGCGACUCUUCCCGCUGGUCCCACUCCCGACGAUACCACUACCACGACGAAUGAAGAAGGCCCGUCUGCGUCCAUAAAGGCAGAUGAUACCCAGCCGUCUCCUGCGAGGAUACCUCUACCAGAGUCUAGACCAGGUACACCGAGUACACCUGUUGUUGCAAGCAGUGGUCUUAAUGCACCUCCUCCCUUACCUGCACGAGCUGUAGCCCGUGGACCGAGACCGAUGAGGCCACGGCCGGGCUCACGACCUGUGACACCUACACCCACUGCCGCAGCGAAUAACAAUGCCAAUGGUAACACCGAAGAGGAAGGGGAGGGAAAGAAGACGGAGAUGGAGACGGAGAAGGAGAAGGAGGAGACUGAGACAAGGAUGGAAGGUGGGGGAGAUGGAGGUAAACCUGACAAAGUAACAAGCGAAACCGAGACAGUGCAAGAAGCGUCUGUGACUAUAGAGGAACGGGCGACAACGAUGGCGACGGCUGAGGAAGUCGAUGCUUCUUCCUCAACUGCACAUGCAUCACCUUUGGCUUCGGCUUCGGCCGGUGAUGAGCAGGAACGGGAUACCGAUGCUUCAGCUGCGUCAAGUGGGGGUUCGGGUACCGCUGGUGAGGAUACGAAUCCGAAUAUGGGGACGGAGAAGCAUGGACCAUCUAGGGUUCCUAUCUCGGAAGUGGUCGAUGUAAAUGGUGUAGGUACGACUGCCUCAGAAGAUGGUGGAAGUGCAGAUCCUCCUGUACAUGGAGAGAAUGAGCAAUCUAAGACUCAGACGACCACGACAUCCACUCAAGCAGCGGAGGAAGUAGAGGGAAAGGAGAAGGAUACCGUUGACACGAGUAAAGAGACGGAAACACUACAGGUGGAGCAGAAGAAGGAGAAAGAGAGUGAAAAGCAGGAGGACACUGGCGCUGAUACAGUUAAGACUGAGAAAAUCGAGGACAAGGGUAAAGACGAUGUUGUUUAUAUCGGCGAUUCCACUUGGGAAGAGAGGACGUGGAAGGAGGUUGUGAGACUGAAGGAAGAUAUGUUUUGGGCGAGGAUCGGGGGGCUGAGGGAUUAG